AUCAAUCUUUUUAUUUUUUGCUUAAAGAAAAACUUUUCUCCUGAGGAAUCAAUCAACCUCUUGUGCAAAAAAGAAAAAAAAAGGGGGGGAGGAAUAGCAACAUUUGAAAUCUUGGCUGGUGCCAGCUACACACUGGGAGGGAUUUUCCAGGUAUGCCUUUACAGGAAGCACUACAAGGAGCUAUUUUUGUCUUUAAGAUAGAGCAGAUAAGAAGCACGAGGAGCCUACCUGCUCACAAGAAGCCUAGCGAGUAAGCAAGGGGUCCUGGCAUGAGAAUCCUGAGAACUCAACUCGAGAGUUUUCAUAUGGUUCGUGCGCAUCACGGCUAGUCAAUCGAGCGCAAACGAUUUAACAUCCUGGGACAAUGUCACGUUAAUUACGCUCGCCUUUCUCUUUCUCCUCCCCCUUCCAGGGCCUAGAACGAUUUGGCUGAUUGCAAAGAAGCGAGAGCUGCAGGGGAACCUCCUGAGUUCUGCGCGCCAGUUUCCAACGUAACCGGGCUUUUGUUUUCGCACACCGGAGCUAUUUGUAGCCCCAGCGAUUUCACGAGAAGGAGCUGCCCUUGCACAGCCAGCUGUUUGAAAAUCCUGGAAGAACUUUCUCCGAUGAGGGGAGGGGCGGGGCGAAGGGCGGCCCCAGAAGGCGAACCCGGGGGCUGGGCGCCGGCAGGUUGGGUGAACUCCCGCGGGGGCGGGGGCGCCUCACCUGGCAGCUUCGACUUUCUCUCGUUCCCGAAGCCGGAUCCCACUUGCGCGCUCACAGCCGCAGUCCGGCCCGGCUUCGCUCCCCUGUUAUGGGAUCCCCCGAAGGAGGGAAGCUGGACAUAAAGGACGUGUCCCGGCUCCGCUCGCUCUUCCUCGCCUGCGACGUGAAAGGCUCCGGCCGAAUCGAGCGCGACGACUUCGGCUUGCUGUGCGCAGAGCUGCGGGUCCGCCCGUCCGAAGCCGAGACGAUCUUCCAGCGCCUGGACACCGACCGCGACGGCGCCAUCACCUUCCCCGAGUUCGCUCGCGGGUUCCGCGGCGCCACUCGGCGGCGGAGGCAACAACAGCACUGGAAGAACCGAGGAGGAGAAGCCUGGGACGAGGAGAUGGACGACGAGGGGCGCGAGCAGGACGGGAGCGACGCCUUCGACGUUUUGGUUGGGAUGGCGGCGGCGGCCACUGCUGCAACGGGGCCGAGCCAGGCUUGGCGCGAGUUCGAGCUUCGGCUCGGCGAGGAAGCAGGAUGCAUCCCCAGGCAAGAGCAGGUCAGUGUUCUGUAUCAGAACAUCAGUAUAGUGGAACCACGAUUAAUUCAGCCUUAUGAACAUGUUAUUAAGAACUUCAUUCGUGAGAUCAAGCUUCAAAGUGCAGAGAUGGAAAACUUAGCCAUAGCUGUAAAAAGGGCACAGGAUAAAGCAGCAAUGCAGUUGAGUGAACUAGAAGAGGAGAUGGACCAGCGAAUACAGGCUGCAGAGCACAAAAUCAAGAAAGAGGAGAAACGCAAGGCAGAAGAGGCUCUGAAUGAUCUCAAGCACCAGUAUGAAGCUGAAGUUGAUGACCUCCAAGUGACAAUAAAGAAACUUAAAAUGCUUGAAGAACAAUCUAAAAACAUCAAUCACAAAGGAGAUUUGGCACUGCUAAAGAACAGGAUACGUGAUUUGACAUUGGAAAAUCAGAAACUUAAAAAAGAUCUAAUGGAAGCGCAAACGAACAUUGCUGUCCUUCAGAGUGAAUUAGAUACUUUGAAAAGUGACCUUGCGGAUCAGAGUUUGAAUUCAGAGAGAGACCUGGAAAUGAUCAGAGAAUAUACUGAAGACAGAGAUAGCUUGGAAAGGCAGAUAGAAAUACUGCAGUCAGCGAACAGGAAACUUCAUGACAGUAACGAUGGCUUACGAAGUGCAUUAGAGAACAGCUGGAGCAUAUAUAACAGAUCGCUGCGUCUAACUAACUCUUCUCCAGCAAACACAGUCUCCAGAAACAGUCCUAAAUGCAUGGGUGGCCAGUCUCCCCAAAAUGCACGAUAUGACAGGUCAUCUCAUUCUUCCUAUGUGGAUGAAGACUGUGAUUCUCUAGCACUUUGUGAUCCCAUGCAGAGGAUAAACUGUGAGGUAGACAGUUUGCCUGAAAGCUGCUUUGACAGUGGUCUGUCUACCUUGAGAGACUCCAAUGAAUAUGAUUCAGAAGUGGAAUCCAAGCAUCAAAGGAUUUCUCAAAGGUCACAGUGUCCACAGGAAAGCUUUGCAGGAGAUGCUUCUGAUACAGACGUCCCUGAUAUCAGAGAUGAAGAAGUGUAUAACCCUGAGGAAGUCAGUUCAGUCUUAGAUUGGAAACCAUGCCAGCCUAUUAGUCGAAGCAGUUCUGGAGCUUCCACAAGGAAGUACAUCUCUGCCCUCUCUCCACAGCCAGACUCCGUAGAUUGCAACUUGAGGUACGCAAGCUCAGAGAAGUCUUACAAGAUAGUUCUUGCUGGGGAUGCAGCAGUUGGAAAAUCUAGUUUUCUUUUGAGACUUUGCAAAAAUGAAUUUCGAGGGAACACCAGUGCAACUUUAGGUGUUGAUUUUCAGAUGAAGAGGCUUAUUGUUGAUGGUGAACCUACAGUGUUACAGCUAUGGGACACAGCUGGGCAAGAGAGGUUCCGAAGCAUCGCAAAAUCAUACUUCAGACGAGCAGAUGGUGUGCUGCUACUGUAUGAUGUUACGUGUGAGAAAAGUUUUCUGAAUGUACGAGAAUGGAUAGAUAUGAUUGAGGAUGCAACACAUGAAAAUAUUCCAAUCAUGGUGGUCGGAAACAAAGCAGACCUUCGUCCAGUGGCUUAUGAACAAGGAGAUAAAUGUAUACCAGUACCAGUAAAUUAUGGAGAAAAGCUGGCCAUGGCUUACAAUGCAUUGUUCUGUGAAACAAGUGCCAAAGAUGGAUCAAAUGUUGUGGAGGCAGUUCUUCACCUUGCUCGAGAAGUGCGGAAAAGAAGCAAUAGUGAAGAUGACGACAGGUCUGUAACCGACUUGACAGGGACAACAACAAAGAGGUCAGCGCUCACCAAAAAUUGCUGCAAUGUUUAGAUGAACAAGAUUUUUUUUUUUGCCCCAAAAGGAACACACUUUGUGGUCUAAAACAAUCCGAGGAAAAAAAUGAAGGAUAGUUUAUGCUAGAGCGUUUGUGGAGGAGAGAGAGGGAGUCAUCGUACAGUGGCCUGGUCCAUCAGGCUGCUCAGCAACUUCACGGUUCCUGGAAUAAUGCUGAGGUAAACCAAGUCACGAAGAAGUAGAUCUCCAGUUCAGCAGCAUCAAAAAUCACUUGCUGAAUGUAGGUCCACUCUGCUUCAAACCAUAUGUGCCUUUUUUGCACUGACUUGCUUGGCAAAGAAUUAAAUACAUUUUUCUUCUUGGUGUCACUUUAGUAGUAAAUACUAAACUAUAAACAUGGAAAUUCUGCUUCCUCUUCCAUAGCUGGAAUACAUUGUCACAUCUUCAAGGAAUUUGACUGUCAACCUGAAACUCAUACCAUUCUUGGAAGAGUUGCUGAAAUUUCUGAAUUUCUCUGUUCCAUGUCGUGCCAAAAUCAUGGGAGACACAAUGGCAGCUGCAAUCGAGGAGUUGAAUCUAAAUGGAAAAGGAAAAUGUGGCGCUGUUCAAAGCCAAACUUUUGCCUCUCCAAAGAGCAGCUGUCCAGUACAGAAUCAUAUGAUUGGCUUUGUUUAGCCUGGGAAAAAUAAGCAGUGCAAGUUUGUUACUUUUGUUUGAAGCUGUACAUAUUAGUUAAUGGGAUGAAUAAGAGAGGCCUAAAUCUCACUGAGGUUCUAACCCAGGGUCCAGGCUUUUCCAUUAUAGCUUGCAGGUAAGAGCUUAUAUGAUAAAAUAUUCAGUGAGAAAAAGGUUCAUCUACACAGAAAACGAGAAUCUUAGGCAAAAGGAUAAUAUAGAACUUUUGCCUGUGAUAUGUAGUCUUCUGUGUGGACAGAUGCUAGUUUUCUCUUAUAAAGAUGAGUCCUUGCCUUCAGUCUGAAGUGGCCUUGCCCAUGGGUUUAUUGCCUCAAUGAAAACUAUGUCUUUAUGCAAUGGAGCUAAACCAGCAAUGGCCUAUAGUUCUGUCUAAUUAACCCAAGGAUUCUUAAACUGUGUCAUCAUCAGCUGAUGUCUAUCUUGCUCUGACAAAACAGCUCAUUUGGAAGUACCUUUGUGCUAGUCGUAGUUUAAACAAGCCAAAGAAAAACUACAAGGUUUUAAGAAGAGAGGGGUUAAUGGGAAAUAAAAUAACUGCAAAGAAGACCUCUCCCCCCCAAAAAAAUUCUUAAAUGAGAUCUGAAAUUUGCCAUACUAGCAAAUAUGGAAUGCGAAAGACAACUCAUGAAACACCACAAACCUUAACACUGGGGUGUUGAAAGCCACUAAACCAGCCAAAAACAUUUAAAAGUUUAGGUGCAUUGGUAGAUGAAGCUUGUGUAAUCAAACCAACACAAAUGAUCAUUUCAGUAAGCUAAGCCCACGUGGCUUGCAGAAUAUUUCCUCUUUAAAAAUACAUACAUAUGUAAACAUAACAAAUCAGCCAUCAGUCCAAAGCUGCCAUAUUUCAUGGUUUGGUGUGUUAUUGCUUGCUAUUUUAAAUAUUAUCUUGAAGCAUCAGUAGAUGAAAGGCUAAGGUAUUAAUGAAUCCAGAUCUUGUUUGAAACAAAAUAUUGUAUUUUUAAUAGUUCUGGUCUGAGACUUUUUGAAGCAUGUACUUAAUUUUUGAAUAUCCAAUGCAAUCUUACUGGGUUGAGUGUGUGUGUGUGAUAUAUAUAAUAUAUACAGGCUUUGCUUUUGAACCUCACAGUGCUAGCCUGAAUCAGGACUAAUUUAAUAGAGUUUAGAGUUCUUCUGGUAAUUUGUUUUAAAGUUUUCACAAUAUCAAAGCACUUAAUUGUGUGAGAGGAAGAAAGAUAUAAAUACCUGGCUUGAUUUUUACCAUCGUUGCAGUCAACAAACAUUAAAUUAACAUAAUUGCACUUUUGAUGUCAUUAAGUCCAAGUGAUCCUUUGUGGAUGUGGAGUUCCCAAGAGCUCCUCUGUUCAUAUCCAUGGUAUGAGCAGUUUCAUGUGUACAGUGAGGGUUGAUUUAUGAGGCUUUCUGCAUCCAUUCAAGUAAAUGGGGAAGCCAGUUUAUGCUGGAAGUUCAUGUACACAUCAGAGGGAACAUGUGUCAAACUCUGGGAUUGGAACACAUGGCACCAAACAGAUCCCGCAUGUAUUUCUGCCAGUAUGAGUGGCUGUUAGAGAGCAGCCCAUUUGUAAGAAUAUUUCUUUUUUGAUUUAAGUACAAGCUAAGUGGUCUUUUUAUUUAUUUAGUGGCCAUGUUACCUUUAUACAUGUGUAUUUAUUUUCAAAGGGAGAUGUAUGUUUUUUUUCUGAGAAAAUCUGUACAUAAGAUUAUUUUUAUGCAUUUAACAGAUUAUUUUUGUCCCUUAUUGCCUUUAUCUUUUAAAAUAGUAUCACUUUUUUGUGUUUUUACUAUAUAAUCUCAUGUGCUUUGGUAGUCAUCAGGUAUAUCCUGGUAUUAGUUUGUGUGCCAAAAUAUGCUCCAUAAAAUAUCUUAGAAAUAAAAUUACAUGUAUAAAGCA